AUGGCUCAUGCUUUGGAAACUGAUCCGAUCAAUGAACUUGAAGAGAACCUGGAAUGUACUGUAUGUCUGGAGCCGCUAAAAGACCCGAGAACUCUUCCUUGCUUCCACUCAUUCUGUAAAGAUUGUUUGGAAGACGUUGUGAAAACAUGUCGUGAUAAAGCACCUCGCGGUCGACCAGUUCGAGAGUUUCCAUGUCCAUAUUGUCGAGAGAUAUUUACACUCGAUCCUGACAAAAAUGUCGCCGACAUGAGAAGAAAUCAUUUCAUCUGCAACAUUGUGAGAGCGACAGCCGUACUCAACCGAGAUCGUAAAAUUGGCGUUCCGUGUUCACAUAAUUGUAGUCAAAGCUACUCAGUCGCUCGCUGCGUCACUUGUGAGAAUUUUUUAUGCCAAGAAUGUCUGACAGCCCACAACAACUACAGAGCAAAUGCCGAUCAUUCUGUUCUGACGAUGGAAGAGUUGUCGAAGCCGGAGAAUCGUAGGAAAAUCAAGGACAAAAUGUAUUGCAAUGAACAUCCGGGCGAGAUAUUGAAAGUUUAUUGUGAAACCUGCGACCAGCUGAUUUGCAAGGACUGCAUGGAUUUUAAACACACGAAGCCAGAUCAUUCAUGUUUUCUUGUUAAAGAUGUCGCCAACAAAUAUAAGGAGCUACUUGCUUCGAAUAAUAAGAAAAUUGAUGAAGUUUUAACAGAAGGCAAUGCCAUUGUGAAACAGUUGACAAAUACGGUGGAAGAACUUGAUCGAGAUGCUGAGAAUGUCAAAAGUAAAAUUGUACAGAAUAAGGAAUUCAUGAUCAAGAAUGUUGUUGCUAUUUUAAAUGAACACACUGAAACGCUUUUGAACGAAGCUAAUCAACAUCACAAAGGAGAGCGGGCAAAGUUAAACGAACAAACCAAAGAAACAAAAUCUUACCUAGAAAAUUUACAAAAAUCUGUUCAUCUUUCAAAAAAAUUGGUCGAGCAAGGCACUCAAGAAGAAAUUAUUUCAUCUCAAAAAAUUAUGCUGGGGAGCACAAAGAAUCUUCUAAAAAAACGCCAGGAAUAUUUUAAACCGCCUGUAACCGUUGAAAAGUUAACCUACUCACACACUACAAGCGAAGAGCCAUCAAAAGAAGAGAUUUCAAAAAUGUUGGCGAGAUGUUUAGGAAUUAAGAAUGGUGAUCUGAAGGCAGACAAGAUGAAUUACGGAACGCAAGAAAUCGCUUCGAAUAUAAAGGGCGUGGCAUGGAAUGGAAUAAGAAACUCGACCAGCCUUGUAGAAACUACACCAAAACAAGAACGUCCCAAAGCGACAGUCUUCGUUACAGCGAUUGACAGUGAUUUAUAUCACUACCUGAAACAAAAUCAUCCUGCCCAGCUUUCCCUUGCUUUGAAAGAACCACAGCCGAACAUCGAGACAAGAGGAGAUUGGGUACACUUUUCAUUUUCCAGUGAGGAAACAAAAGAACACUUCCUUAUUGAUAUGAAAGCAUUCAAAUACGAAAUCGUGCUGGUAAAACCUACUUUGCUCAAGCACGGAUUGAAGCAGAAGUUGCAAGAAGUAUUCUCAGUGUUUAGCGCUGGUAAAUCAGUUUCUUUUAUCGAGAGAUAUGAUGAAGGCUUUCUAAAGCUUGUCGGAAGAGCAGUGGGUAUGUUGGAUAUGGCCCACGAGGAGGUGAAAAAGUGUGUUGCCAAAGUCGAAGAGCAAGCAAAUCGAUGCGACGAUUCUAUACAAUUAUUACCCGUUCAUCUGAGGUUGCUUCAACAAUCAACAAAAUUUCAGAGGCAAGUAUUUACAGUAUUUAACAAUAUAAAUAACGACUAUAUGUAUGCAGUAAUCAUGCAACUAACUGAGAACAUUAUUAUCGCCGUUAUUUGA